AUGAUGUCCGCACGCCCCGCCGUCCGUACCAUUGUGCCUCGGGCCACGCGCUCGGUGCGCAUGCCAAUCCGCCAGCAGACCCGCCUCCAGUCGACGACCGGCUCUUCCACAUCAUCAUCAGGCGGCGCCGGAGCAUCUCACUUCGGUGCUGGUGUCGCAGGCGGCAUUGCUGGUGUUGCCCUCUUCUCCGCCAUCUACUCCUUCACGCCCGCCGGCCGCACGGCUUCCAAGGUCAACAGCACACUCAAGGACGCCGAAAAGAAGUACACAGAGGCCACGAAGAAGCUGCAGGCCAACACGCCUUCGGCUGACGAGGCCGUCAACUACAUCAAGGAGUUUGCCUACUCCUACGUCGAGGUCCGCAAGAACCACAAGGACGAAGCUGAUGCCCUCGUCAACGAUGCCUACAAGCAGUUCCAGGACCUCUCCAAGUCUGGCCUCAGCCUCGAGACAGCCUCCAAGGCCUACGAUGUUGUCGCCGACCUGACAAAGAAGGUCGCCGAGCUCUCGGGUGACGCCAUCUCGGACAUCAUCGACAACCACCCCAAGCUCAAGGAGAAGCUCGGCGGCAACGUUGACAAGCUCAAGGAAAUGGGCGACGCCUACGGUCCCGAGGCCAAGAAGCAGGUUGACCAGACCUGGAAGGAGGUCAAGGACAUAGUCUCGGGUGGUGUCAGCUUUACGACUCUCGAGAAGGUCCGCAAGCUCAUUGAGGAGAAGGUCCAGCAGGUCAAGAAGCUCGGCGACGAGGCGUGGAAGAAGGCUCUGGAGGAGGCGAAGCCCAUUCUCGACAAGAACCCCAAGGUCAAGGAGCUCAUUGAGGAGAACGCCGACGCCCUGAAGCAGGGCAACGCCAAGGAGCUCUUCGACAAUGCCCGCAAGGCCGUCGACUCGGGCGAUCUCGGCGACCUCGAGGGCUAUGUCAAGGAUGCCGUCGAAAAGGGCAAGUCCAAGGCCGAGGAAGCCACGGGCGGCAGCUGGGGCAACCUCGAAAAGUACAUCAAGAUGGUGCCGCAGGGCGGCGAUAUUCUGCCCAAGCUGCAGCAGCUCGGCGAGGUGGCGCAGAAGCACAAGGCCGAGGGCGAGAAGCUGUUCCAGGAGACAAUCGAGGAGCUCAAGCAGGUGCUCGAGAAGAAGUCGCAAAAGGCAAAGGAGAUUGCCGAAAAGGCCGAGAAGGAGGCCAAAUAA